AUGUCUCGGGUAGCCUCCUACUUCAGCCGGUACAGCGCCAAGGAAUGGCAGCAAUACUUCCUCUCCACUCACUUCUGGGGCCCGGUGGCCAACUGGGGACUGCCGCUAGCUGCCCUCGCCGAUCUCAAGAAAAACCCCGACAUGAUUUCGCCGAACAUGACGGGCGCGCUGAUCGUUUAUUCUUCAGUUUUUAUGAGGUUCGCAUGGCACGUGCAACCGCGAAAUCUACUCCUCUUCGCCUGCCACUUCACGAAUUUCAGCGCGCAAACAGGACAGAUGUUCCGCUACCUCAACCACAACUACUUCCACAUCUACAAGGACCCAGCAGCAACAAAGGCGGUACUCCAA